AUGUGGCUGCUCUACACCCACUAUGACGGUGAGCAGGCCCCUGUGAGUGCGCGAGUGCUGCAUAGUGAGCGUACAUACAAGGUCGGACGCAAAUUGGACGCCGUCGACUUGCAUGUGCCGAUCGCGCGGAUCAGCCGUUUGGCCGGCACACUACGUGUCGGCGCUGUAGCGCCGUCUGACGUGCCAUGCACGCGAAAGCGUGCGGAUCUCACGUGGACCAUGCAAAUGAACAGCAAGUCUGGAUCACUGGUAGAGGGAUUUCGUGGCAGGAACCGCGUCGAGCAGCGCAUACGGCCCGAGACGCCGGUGGAGUUGGGCGAUGCGUCGCGGAUCUGUUUGGUAUCAGGCGUGUAUGCCGACGUGCGAUGGCUCCCUGUCAUUUUGUGCUGUCCAUCGCACUUGCAUAAAGACGAUAUGAUACGUGUUGCUGCUCGUGUCGGCGUGCAUAUCGUGCCUACUCUAUGCGAAGCCACGCAUCUCGUCGUGCCUUUUGCGCGGCCCAACAAGACGCAAGUUUUGGCGCUGGUACGUGGCGUGCCGAUCGUGUCUGAGGCUUUUGUACAGGCCGUUUUUGAUGCAGCGCAUGCGUCUGUCUGGAAGAUGCCUGAUCCUGCCGACUUUGUGCCGUCGUGUGAUCCAUCGUUGGCCCCGGAAUCGCGUGUCAUGUCAUCGCAAUGGACCGUGUGCGCCGCGCGACGUCAUCUUUAUGCGGGUCUGCAGUUGAGCAUGUGGAUCUCUCACGCAACGCGGCGCUAUUCUGACAUGGCCGAGCUGGCCGAAGCGGCUGGUGCGACGGUGCAUAUCCAUGACGUGUCCCAGGAGCCUAUGGCCGAUGUGAUCGAUGUACGCCGCGUCCUGGCCCAGUAUCAGCCGGCGUCGGAUGUGUUUGUGGUGGCUGAUGACAUGCCCCUGGUAGAAGAGGCGUGUCGUACGCUGCGCCUGCCCUUCCUUCCCCAGGGCCUUUCGGCCAUUACGCAGGGCAUUCUCGACGUCCGUUCAUGGAGGGACAUGGUGCCGCCAGUGGACGAUACCCCACUCACAGAGGACGUCACGAGCUGGCAAGACGACGAGCACGGUAUGAGCGCGACGGAUGGUUCGGCGUGCGGCGCUCCUGAAUCUGUACAGCGUUCCAGUGAGCCACCUGUUCAUCCUCCCGUGUCCGUUGAGCGCCCGGCACGGAGGCCCCAUGCGCGGCGUUCCGUCCUGUUGGAUGAGAUUCUCGGUGUAUCGAGUGAUCCACCGAGUGCCAAGUACCGACGUCUGCUAGACGCAUCGCCAGCCACGCACCAAGAUGCGGCACCGCCGUCCUCGCCGAUGCGGUGCAUAGAGCGUCCAUCGCUCAUGCCAGUGCAUGUUGAGCCUAUGUCGCGAGGUUCGACUUUGACCUGCGACUACAAAAAGUUUCGGCGGCGCCCUAGGCAUGGGCCAGCGCACCGCGUGGCACUCUUUCUAGAUGUAGAUGUACAUGCUACGGAUUAA